UGCGCGCUCCCGCGCUGGAGAUCUCCGUGCCGUCUCCGCCUGUCCACCCCAAACGCGCUUUGUUUCGUGGGACAAACGCCAUAAAAUGGAAAGUAUAUAUAGAAUCGUCUAGCUUUUGCAAAAUCCAGCCAAACAACUUUUUGACAAUCCUCUUCAUAACCAUGGAGACGGUGGUGAUUGUGGCCAUAGGUGUACUCGCCACCAUCUUCUUGGCAUCGUUUGUGGCGCUGGUGGUUGUGUGCCGUCAUCGAUACUGUCACCCUCCGGACUUUCUGCACCAGUUUGAUUCCAAACCUACAGUGGAUCUAAUUGGAGCGAUGGAGACUCAGAGUGAACCGUCAGAGCUGGAGCUGGAUGAUGUUGUCAUCACUAAUCCUCAUAUUGAGGCCAUGCUGGAGAACGAAGACUGGAUCGAAGAUGCCUCUGGUCUUGUGUCUCACUGCAUUGCGAUUCUGAAGAUAUGCCACACUCUCACUGAAAAGCUAGUCGCAAUGACAAUGGGCUCUGGAGCAAAGGUCAAAGCACCUGCCAGCUUGAAUGACAUCAUCACUGUUGCCAAACGCAUCAGCCCAAGGGUGGAUGAUGUUGUUCGAUCUAUGUACCCUCCACUGGACCCCAUUCUUCUGGAUGCCAGGGCCACAGCAUUACUAUUGUCGGUUAGUCACUUGGUACUGGUGACACGAAACGCCUGUCACAUGUCUGGCUGCCUGGACUGGAUCGACCAAUCACUGCAUGCGGCCGAGGAUCACAUGGUCGUGUUGAGAGAGGCGGCUUUAGCAUCUGAACCAGAGAGAGGUUUGCCAGAGAGAGAGCAGUCAAUUUGAGUCACAUCUACAAUACACAGUCUUAUUCAAGAACAUGUGCACCUGUAAAGAAUAUAUUUAGUGGACAAUACCUCAGCACAUCCAUGGUAUGACACAGAAAGGCAUAUUAGCUUCGCCUUGCUUUCAAACAUUGGUUCUUUCUUACUCUUUGGCUGUAUCUUUUUUGUAUCUCUGUUACAUUCCAGUUUAAUCUGUGUUCAUACUAUCUGAUAUUUCCUCAUGCUGGAUUUAUAUGUAGAUAACAGUGCCAAAAAGUGCCUGAGACAAUCAAAUUCAUGUAUAAAUGUAUAACAAAUACCACCAAAAAAAAAGAGAAAGAAAUUAGUUUUGCUAAAUAGUAUAUAAACAAAACAAGGUCUAUAUUUUCUUUCUUAUUUCUCAUAUUUGAGUCUACAUGGUGUAUUGUUUUAAUAAAAUACGUUUUCAUAUAUUAUUUACAUAUUUUUAUUAUUAGCAUCAAGAUUUAGAUUAAAUUUAAAGAUCUCUUUGCUUUUUUUCUCUCAAAAAAUACAUAUAAAUUAAGUUCAGUCUCCUUUGUAGAUCACUUUGUAAAUAGUAAAUUCACAAAUUAUAAGUCAAAAUCGCACAGCCACGUUAAGUUGAAACAGCACUUUUUUGUAUUAGUAUUUUUCUCUUAUUUUUGUUUCUCUCUCAUGAUGUUUACACCACUGUUCAAAGGUUUGGGGUCAAUAAUAUUUUUGUGAAAAAAAGCCUUUUGCUCACCAAGGCUGCAUUUAUUUAAUCAAAACACUGUAAAAACAGCAAUUUUGUCAUUUUAAUUUCUUUUGAUUUUAAUGUUUUUGAAAGAAAUAUCUUAUGCUCACUAAGGCUGCAUACAGUAAAAAUGUAACAUUUUGUGAAAUAUGAUUACAAUUUAAAAUGUGCUUUUAAUUUGAGUAUAUUUUAAAAUGAAUUUUAUUCCUGUGAUCAAAGCUAAACUUUUAGCAUCAUUACUCCAGUCUUUAAUGUCACAUGAUCCUUCAGAAAAAAUUCUAAAAUGCUGAUUUGCUGCUCAAGAAACAUUUAUUAUCAUUCAUUAUUAUUAUUAUCAGUGUUGAAAACGUGCUGCUUAAUAUUUUUUGUGUAAAUUAUUCUUCAGAAAUCAUUCUAAUAUUAUAUUUAACAAUUUAAAAUGCAUUUUUAAGGAUUUUUUGAUGAAUGAAAAGUUCAAGAACAGUAUUUUAUUUGAAAUAGAAAACUUCUAUAACAUUAUAAAAUCUUUACUGCCACUUUUGAUUCAUUUAAUGCAUAGCUGCUGAAUAAACACAUUAAUUUCUUUUAAAAAAUUGCAUUGGCCCCAAACUUUUGAACAGUUAACUAGCUGGUUGUGAACAGCUAUGCAGCAAGUAAGACUCACUUACAUUCUUUAGUCUGCUAUCUAGACAUGGUCUGUAAUUUUUCACCAGUCACAUGAAGUCUAAAUCCACACUAAUUCCUUCCCUCAACCCCCCACCACUUCACACUUUCAGCAGCCGCACACGCACACAUUCAGGACUCUGUAAUUUCAUAUGUUAAAUUCACUUAUCAAUCAUACAGUAUUCGGUUUCAGUGAUAAGAAUAUAUUGCAGCUUUGAGUUGUUGAUUACGAGUAUUUCCUCCUUUCAUUUCCUCUUGGUUUUUUGAGCAAUCUUGUUACUGACAAUUCUUUUUUGUUCCUCUAUUUGUUCUUUAA